CCACUACCUCCACCACCACCUUCACCACUACCUCCACCACCACCUUCACCACUACCUUCACCACUACCUCCACCACCACCUUCACCACUACCUUCACCGCUACCUUCACACACCACCCCACCACCACCUUCACCACCACCUUCACCACCACCUCCACCACCACCUUCACCACCACCUUCACCACCACCUCCACCACCACCUUCACCACUACCUUCACCACCACCUUCACCACCACCUUCACCACCACCUUCACCACCACCACCACCUUCACCACCACCUUCACCACCACCUUCACCACCACCUUCACCACCACCUUCACCACUACCUUCACCACCACCUUCACCACCACCUUCACCACUACCUUCACCACCACCUUCACCACUACCUUCACCACCACCUUCACCACCACCUUCACCACCACCUUCACCACCACCUUCACCACCACCUUCACCACCACCUUCACCACCACCUUCACCACCACCUUCACCACCACCACCACCACCUCCACCACUACCUCCACCACCACCUUCACCACCACCUUCACCACUACCUUCACCACUACCUUCACCACUACCUCCACCACCACCUUCACCACCACCUCCACCACCACCUCCACCACCACCUUCACCACCACCUUCACCACCACCACCACCACCUUCACCACCACCUUCACCACCACCUUCACCACCACCUUCACCACUACCUCCACCACCACCUUCACCACUACCUUCACCACUACCUCCACCACCACCUUCACCACUACCUUCACCACCACCUUCACCACCACCUUCACCACUACCUUCACCACCACCUUCACCACCACCUUCACCACCACCUUCACCACCACCUUCACCACCACCUCCCCCACCACCACCUUCACCACCACCUUCACCACCACCUUCACCACUACCUUCACCACCACCUUCACCACCACCUUCACCACUACCUUCACCACCACCUUCACCACCACCUUCACCACUACCUUCACCACCACCUUCACCACCACCUUCACCACCACCUUCACCACCACCUUCACCACCACCUUCACCACCACCUUCACCACUACCUUCACCACAACCUUCACCACCACCUUCACCACCACCUUCACCACCACCUUCACCACCACCUUCACCACUACCUUCACCACCACCUUCACCUCCACCUUCACCACCACCUUCACCACUACCUUCACCACCACCUUCACCACCACCUUCACCACUACCUUCACCACCACCUUCACCACCACCUUCACCACCACCUUCACCACUACCUUCACCACUACCUUCACCACCACCUCCACCACCACCUUCACCACCACCUCCACCACCACCUUCACCACUACCUUCACCACUACCUUCACCACCACCUUCACCACCACCUUCACCACCACCUUCACCACCACCUCCACCACCACCUUCACCACUACCUUCACCACUACCUCCACCACCACCUUCACCACCACCUCCACCACCACCUCUAGUACCACCUCCACCACCACCUUCACCACCACCUCCACUACCACCUCCACCACCACCUUCACCAACACCUUCACCA